UUUAAAUUACCCCUCGGCCCUUUUGGCAGUUCAAAAUAUUCGUCUAACCUUACGAACAAACUUGUGACAAUUUAAAUAUUUUUUAAAAAUAAUGGAAUACGAUAAAAAGAUAAUUGAAUUAGCUCUAAGUCUUUAUAAAAUAGAUGCCGUAAAGUUUGGCGAGUUUAUGACAAAAAGCGGCAUUAAUACUCCAAUAUACUUUGAUCUUCGAGUAAUUGUAAGCUAUCCUGAAGUUAUGGAAUUAAUCACCUCACUACUAUAUGAAUAUGCAAUAGUGGAUAGUCAAUUUGACCAUGUUUGUGGAGUGCCUUAUACUGCCUUACCAAUUGCUACUUUGCUCAGCGUUAAAGUUAAAAAAUCAAUGUUGAUGCGUCGCAAGGAAGCCAAGUCCUAUGGUACAAAGAAACUAAUAGAAGGACACUACAAAGUAGGUGAAAAAUGCCUAAUAAUUGAGGAUGUAGUUACAUCAGGUUCUAGUGUUAUGGAGACUGUUAAUGACAUAAGGAAAGAAGGCCUUAAGGCAGAAGAAGCAAUUAUUAUUUUAGAUAGAGAGCAAGGUGGAAGGCAAAACUUAGAAGCAAAUGAUGUUAAAAUGAAAGCCUUGCUAACAAUGUCAAAGUUGAUAGAAAUACUUGUUGAAAAUAACAAAAUAAAUAAGGCAACAGCCAAUGAUGUACACAAUUACUUACAAAAUGUUAAAGCUCCUACUACAGUUCCAAAAAUUAAUAGAAUGUCUAUAGCUUAUGAAAAGCGAGCAGAAUUGUCAAAAAAUGCUAUUGCAAAGCAGCUGUUUAAUAUAAUGGCGGUUAAGAAGACAAACCUAUGUAUAUCUGUUGACCUUACAUCAUCAACUCAAAUUUUAGAACUGCUUGAGAAAGUUGGGAAACAUGUUUGUUUAGUAAAAACACAUGUAGACAUAAUAGAAGACUUUAGUAGCAAUUUUAUUACAUCUUUAAAGGAAUUGGCCAACAAGUAUAACUUUUUGAUUUUGGAGGAUAGGAAGUAUGCAGAUAUAGGAAACACUGUUGCAUUGCAGUACACCGGAGGACUGUACAACAUAACUAAUUGGGCCGACUGUGUUACCUGCCAUUCAUUGCCUGGUGAAGGAAUAUUAAAGGCUCUUAACAGUAAAUCAAAUUCAGAUAAAGGAGUAUUUUUGCUUGCCGAAAUGAGUUGUGAGGGCAAUCUUAUUACACCACAGUAUACCAAUGAAACGGUAAAGAUGGCAGAAAAGUAUCCAGAUCUGAUCACAGGAUUUGUCUGUCAGCAUAAAGACACUUUUAAAGAUCCUGGGGUCAUCCAGUUAACACCUGGAGUCCAGCUUCAAAGUUCUAAAGAUGACCUGGGACAAGUGUAUAACACUCCAGAAAAGGUAGUAUUAGAAAAUGGUGGUGAUGUCAUAGUCGUUGGUAGGGGAAUUGUUUCAGCCAAAAAUCCAGAAACAGAAGCUAUAUUAUACAAGGAUACUCUAUGGAAAUGUUACAUUAAGAGAAUAUCUGGUAAAGUUGAAUAAUCUUUCCCCUUUAUUAACAAGUUGCAGUCAAACACAUCCUAGCAUUUCCAGAUUAACUUGCAAACUGAUUACUGAAGUCCAUAUACAUGAAUUUAUGGUCUUUAUUAAAAUAUGUUUGUUUACAUGUAUGUAGAGCAAAUGUUGAAGAGGAAAGGGCUGAAUUUUUAAUUUUUUUCAAUUAUAAAAAUGUUUAUUAUAUAAUUAAGUUUUAUUCUGUGUUCUUAUACUACAAGAGCUUAAUGUAUGUUGAAAUAUGAUAAUGUGACAAAAAGUGCUGAGAAGCAAACACAUUUGCCUUAGAUACAAUAAGUUCUGUCAACAUGGCAAGUGAGACAGUACACAUAAAGUUUUUUCACAUAAGUGUCUUACCUUUUUAUAUUGUAUUGAGUGAAAUAUUAAUGUUAUAUUAUAGGGUUCAUUUUGUAAUUCAAUAAGUAUGAAUAUUGUUACAUUCUAAAGAAGUAUAUUUAUAUAUUUUAUUAUAUGUUAAUGUUGAAACUAUACAUGUCCAUAUCUAUUUAAAGUAUAUAAUUAAUAUUUUGAAUACAACAAAUUAGACAUAACGAACAGUUCCUAUUAAGACAGUUACGUAACAAGUGACUAUUACGAUCAUUCCAUGUAAUAAAAAGCUUUUAUUAUGUUUACCUUCUUAAACUUUUGUAGAACUAUUUUUGGUAUAAAUAUAUUUUCUAACUAAA